UGCCACCUGCCUCUUGUCCUACACAAUCACAACCGCCCCGCUCUUCCAACACAAUCUCCUCUCCUUCUCAUAACCCAACUAUGCCUAGCAAGACCAAGAAGAGGUCGCCAACACCUGUCGUAUGGAAUAACCCGGAGAUGGCCUUCGCAGCGGAUAUCAGCCGGCAAGGCCCCAGGCUCACAAUACCGGCCUUUGAAGCGGUCGAAGAACGAAUGCUUUGGGCAUACAGUGCUCGUGGCCUUGAUCGCAAGGCGUUCGAACUAAAAGUGGUUGCGAAGAGACCGAAGCUAAGACGGCACUGCUCUGUCUGUCGUCGAGACUGCAACGGUGACGACAAGACUCUGCAAAGGCACAUACGGACACAGUCCCACCUGACGAACCUUGCCAAUUGCCUGUGGGUAGAGUAUGACAGUCUCUUGGGCGAAGAUAUCGUUGAGGUGUGCGACAGGUGUGGGGAGGGAAUCAUGGGAACACGCGGAGACUCGCUACAUCGACACCAGGUGGGUCCAUGCAAGAAGAAGGAUCUCGCCGAUGGCAAUGCAAAGAUCGAGCGGCCCAUACACCCUCUACCUCGAUCGAAAGCCCCGUCCGUCCCGCCGCUGCAACCAGAGCCUCAGACUCUACACCACCAGCCUCCAGAGCCCGAGGACGACGAAGAUGAGCAGCCGCCCCGCAAGAUCGCUCGAAGGAGCAUCGAUACAGAAGUAGCGAGCGAACGGCGUUGUGCGAGAUCGCAGUCCAAGAGUCUCGAAGAUUCCUCUUCCAGCCUGCCGUCACUGACACCGACCCCAGAGCCUGAGCAGGCCUCUAGCUCUGACGAGAACGACGACGUCUCCGACAAGCAACACGAAGACUCACCGGCGCCAGCCCCGCCUCGCACAUUCACCCCCUCACCUGCUCCCCUUCCCGGCCCCUCCACCCCGAGCCGGUCGCGCAUCCAGUACGGCAGCACCCGGGUAGACUCGCCGCCGCCCGACGAGCCCUCAACGCUGUCACGGCGGUCCUCGGUGUCGUCCGGCAAGUCGUCCGAGGUCGAGCACGACGUCGGCGGCACGCCCCAGCGAUCGUACCAUCCGUUCGACAUCGCGCCGUCUGACGAAGAGGGCAACCUCAAGCUGCUCGCCAGCGCCGCGAGCACGCGCGCCCCGCGCAUACCGCCGUCGUCGCCAUACGACCCGGACACAUACGAGCCGCGCUGGCGCGCAGAGCCACCCGCGUCGCCGCUGGAGAAGCGUGCCAUACGUAGGACGUUCUUCAACAUGCGGCCGGCGCCGUUCGUGCUGCCGAGUCUAUCGGCGAUGCAUUCACCAGCCGUUGUUCGGUGUCCUCGACGGACGCCAUCGCCUCCACCUGCGGAGCACUACUGGUGACGACCCAUCCUUAUAUACUACGUGUUUCUUGCUCGGUUCGCCGCGCGCGUCGGUACGCACGGGCCUUUAUUUUUUUCUCUCUGUUUGCACGUCGUGGGUUGGUAUUUGUUUUGUCUGUUUCCCGGCUUCUCGUCAAGGAAUAUCUGGCCACAUCGCUUACUUUUAUGUAUCCUCUACAUCAUGCAUACCCUAUGUGUAUCUGUAUCACUCAACACUCACAUUAUCUCCAAUGCACCUCUUU